UUUGUCCUGACCACAGGUGUUGUAAGCAUGAAGGACAGUGUGCACAGUGAAACCCUUUACACUCCCACUUGAUGUCACACUGAGGUCUCAUUAUGUUGGCUUUUUGCUUCAGCUGCUGGUCAACAAUAGAACUGCACAGCUUCACAGCUUAAAAGGGUUUGCUCAGUUUGAGAUGGAGACAAACAGCCAUGGCAGCUCUGAGGACUCUAGCUUUUCUUGCUUUAAUUGCACUUGUUUCCAGCAGCGAGACAUCAGACUGCUCAUACAUUGACCUUCUGAAUCACUUAGACCUGACAACAUCAAAUGAUCUUCUGGCAGUGAUGCGCCCUGUGAAGAACUGGACUACACCCACCCUCGUUAAGAUGGACAUGGUGUUGUAUGGUAUUUUAGGAGUGGAUGAGAAGUCUCAAACUGUCACGAGUCACAUCUGGAUUCAAAUGCGUUGGACAAAUGAAUUCCUGACCUGGAAUUCAUCAGACUUUUGUGGCAUCAAUGUGUUGACCAUUCCCAGAUCGCGGCUGUGGAUCCCAGAUGUAGAUAUCCAAGAGGAUGUUUCUGAUACUGGGAGCAUUGUGAAGAGUCCAUUUGUCAGUUUGUCUCCCGACGGUACAGUGUUGUCAAACGCACGUCAGCGACUGACCUCCACCUGUCAGCUGAAUCUCAACCUGUUCCCCUUUGAUUCACAAAACUGUACCAUCACCUUUACAUCCAUGAAUUCCAACGUGGCAACUAUAGUUCUAGGAACACUCAGGAGUGACACAAUCCUUACUGAACUCUCUGAGCUGAUCAUGGUUACAAAGGGAGAAUGGCAACUCGAACAAAUGGAAAUUAUCACUUUGUCUCUACCUGAAGAAAGUUGGCAAAGCAAACUUAUAUACAUAGUGACAAUCUCCAGGAAGCCGUUGCUUUAUGUGAUCAAUUUCAUCGUGCCCCUGCUUUAUUUUCUUGUCCUGGAUUUGGCCUCCUUCUUCAUCAAUGAGGCCAGAGGUGAAAAGCUGAGCUUCAAAGUGACUGUGCUCCUGUCCAUAUCUGUCCUACUGCUGAUUCUUAAGGACAUGUUGCCCUCCACUGAAGACAAGCUGCCAAUGAUCGCCACGUACUGUGCUGUGAUCUUUGCCCUGGUGGGACUAAGCGUUUUGGAGGCCAUGCUGGUCAGCUUCCUAAUCGACCUUGAUGGUUAUUGUGGUAAGAAGUCUCAACUCUCUGUAAAAGCCCAAGUGGAUAUUCAACUGCAAGUCGACUCUCACACAGAUCCUGCUGGAGCUGAGGAGACUCCAGAGAAAAAUGACAUCCCUCUGGAUUUGCCCAAAGGCCCCAACCUGUUGAAACAAAUCCUGGAGGAAGUGAAGGCAGCUCGACAGGAAGCCGAAGGGCAAGACAAAGACAAGAGGAAGCCUGGACGCUACUUAAGAGUGGCUAAAAUUAUAGACUCUGUGUUCUUUACCUUCUAUUUUGUAGCUGUUGUGGUUUUUCUGACAUGCAUGAACGUAGUGUGGAUUUUACAAAUAGAGUAGAAAUGAUUUGUGUAUAAUCUGCCAGUGCGUGCUUUCUGAAUUACUAAGUACCACUGUUUCUAACCCCCUAACAGAUUACACUGAGCUUUUCAGACAUGACUAACAACCUGCAUGCAAAGUUUGAUAACUUGAAAAUGACUAUAUAUACAGCAUGAUAUGAAAUGGUUAAAUGAUUUGAUGUUUGGAUCAAAGUAAAGUUGAUAAGUGUU